CCCGCGUCUCCGUUCAGACGCACGCGCCUCGUGCCCGCCGCCCGGUUCAGUGACACGUGCAGUGUUGGUGAUAUAAAAUAACACUAGUGACAGUUGCAUUUCCUGAUCUGAGACGCCGACGAAGGUUUUAUCGUCGAAGUGCAUUGGAUUACUAUUUGAAGCAAGACAUAGAAUGAUCGCUUGAAGAAAGCGAAGCGUGCAGUCAGAGCAAGGAUCUAACGAGCAAGAGAAGAUGUUCGGCGGCAGCGGCGGUGGUGGCGCGUACGGUGGCGACUGCGCCGACGGGUACGGCCUGGGCUACGUGGCGGGCGGCGGUCGACUGCAGCAGUACGCGCACUUCGCGCCUCAUCAGACUUGGCAUCACCACGCGGCGCACCACGACACCUACGCAGGCGGCAGUGGAGUCGGUGCCGUCGGCGGCGUCGGCUCAGUGGCCGGCGGGCUGUACGGGCAGAACAUGGUGAUGGGUUCCUGGUGCGCGCCCUACGACGCUCUGCAAAGACCACCCGCAUACGAUGGCGUGCUGGAGGCGUACGAGGAGGGCCGUGAGUGCGUGAACUGUGGCGCCAACAACACGCCGCUUUGGCGUCGGGACUCAACGGGCCACUACCUUUGCAACGCAUGCGGCCUGUACCACAAGAUCAACGGCGUCAACCGCCCGCUCGUGAAGCCGAGCAAGCGGCUGUCGGCAGCGAGACGUCACGGGCAGUGCUGCACGAACUGCGGCUCGCGGAACACGACGCUGUGGCGGCGCAACAAUGACGGAGAGCCGGUUUGCAACGCCUGCGGACUUUAUUACAAGCUGCACGGCAUUAACAGACCCCUGGCGAUGCGAAAAGAUGGAAUACAAACGCGAAAACGAAAGCCGAAGAAGUCAUCGAACGGUGUAAAGCCUCCGCAAGAAACUGCUAAGAAAGAUGGUCAGAAUUCGCCGGGCAUCGACGAGAGCAAGCCCAGCAUAGCAGAGGUUCCGCUGCCACUCGCCGCAACAAUGUCGGGACACGCCGGCGCCGCGAAGUGCACGCGCGAGGCAGUCGGGCCCGCGCCGUCGCCGCACGCGCACGCGCACGCACACGCACACGCGCACGCGCACGCCCACGGGCAUGCACAGAACUCGCAGUACCCGUUGGGAAUCCCCUCCGCACCGGCCUUCCUGUCCAACCCCUCGCUCUUUAACAUCAAGAGCGAACCCAACGCCGCAACCGGCUAUGAAGGCUAUGGUUCCCACUCUAGCUCGAAUGGACCUUAUCAUUCGCAACAGCAUUAUUUGCAUGCACUACAGUACGGAUUAAGCAAUGGCGAAGAAGAGGAAGGCAGUGGAUUCUUACAUCAACGUAACGUGACCGCACACGCAAAACUAAUGGCCUCAACGUAGCACACAAGCGAAACACGCACAUCUUACGACGCCCGAAGAUGAUUAGUAUUACCGAAUGCUGUGUCUAGCCGGCUGUGGCGAGUAGCGUUUUCGAAUAACUGCCGAUCGAAGAACUUUAGAUCCCUGUUCGGUAACAAAGUAAAAAAUAAAAAAACAACGAGCAGGACUACACUUUACACGAAGUUACUUUGGAAGUUCGAAAGUAUGAAACACUUUACUAUGCGAAUUUAUUGAACAGUCGAUGGAAUAACGUUCAUAUUUUGUUGUAGAUAAUUAGCGACGUCAGCACAAUUAGACUCGAUGGUACUGACUAGUCAUUGUGUUUGUCUAGUUUUACUACAAUGUCAUAAUUAUUUUAUUUGUAUAAAUAAAUUAGACUAGAAACAGUUCAAUGAUGAUAAGAGAAACGUAGGUAUUAAUGUACUUAGUGUGUAAAUAUGUUUACGUUAAGUAUUUUCGACUGAAUAGUAGUCAUUGCCGUGUAUUAUAUCGUGGCUGCAUAGGGUA